AUGCUCGGGGACCUACUGGUCUUAGCACCUCUCGAGGUGAGGUGGGAGGCGGGAGGGGGGGAGGGAGUGGGGGAGGGGGGGGUGGAGAGGGAGCGUGAUGAUGGCGAGAGGUGGAAGGUAGGGUUCGGGCACGAGCCGGGGGAUCCCGCUGCUGCUGCUGCUGCUGCUGCUGCUGCUACUCCUGAUUCUUCUUCUCCCCUUCCUCCUUCACCUCCACUGCCUCCUCCCACUUCUCCCACUCCUGCUGGUGCUGCCGCCGCCGGUGCAUGCACUGCUAAAGCAAGGGGUGAAGACCCGAGCAGCCUCGCAGCUGCUCUGAUACCAAGCACAUGCCGCGCAGGUGACGAACCACCAGCAGGAGACCCGGACGGUGCAGGAGAGGCGGCCAAGGGAGGGGUGAACAUGGGGGCAUUGGUGGAAAGAGAGGAGGAAUUGGAUAGAAUCAACGCCUCAGGAGCAUCAAACCACUCCUGCUCUCCCUCUUCCUCCUCUUCCCCACCCUCUGAGUACUCCUCUUCCUCCUGGCCCUCAUCCCCUUCUUCCGCCUUCUCCUGCUUGACCUCCGCCGCAACAAAAUGCUCAGCAUUCCCCUUCUCGAUGCUAUCUCUCCCCUCUCCUCCUUCCGGAACCCUUGAACCAUCAUUCGGUUUCGCAUCACUACUCCCAACCCCAUCCUUAUCCCCACUCCCUUUCCCUUCCCCAGCAGCACAACAAGCAGUGCCCUGCCCCUCCCUCAUUGGUGCUGCAGAACCCGCUUCGACCUGCCCAUUCCAGUUACCCUCCACCAUAUUGCCUGCUCUGCUUCCAAGAUUAACUAGUGCUGCUGCAGAUGCAGCAGCGGCAACUAGGGGGAGGAGGAGGAGCACUGGCGGCGGCGAGAGCAGCAGCAAGAGCAGCAGGAGAGGGCUUCAGGGGCGUGUGCCGUGCUCCUAUGGGCAUGCUGCAGGGAAGGGCGGGAGGGAACGGGAGAAGAGGGGAAAGGAAACGGAGGUGGAAGGAAAGUGGAAAGGAAGAAGGGGGGGGGAGGAGGAGGAGGAGGAAGAGGAGGAGGAGGAGGAGGAGGAGGAGGAGGAGGAGGAGGAGGAGGAGGAGGAGGAGGAGGAGGAGGAGGAGGAGGAGGAGGAGGGACGAGUUGUAUGA